AAGAGGAGGAGGAGGAUGUGGCGCGCGGAGGGGAAAUGGCUGCCGAAAACAAGCCGGAAGGACUGAAGAAAAUCCGUAAUCCGGAUCGAAUGUACAGAUCAGCUGUGUGUUAUUCGGCCCAUGCUCCUCCUAAGAGUGUCAGUGAAGACACAGAGACGAACAAUGAACAUGGACAUUUGAAAAUAUACCUGCCCAAAAAGCUGCUUGAAUGUCUACCAAAAUGCUCCACGUUGCCAAAAGAGAGACACCGGUGGAACACCAAUGAGGAAAUUGCAGCAUACUUGAUAACAUUUGAAAAGCAUGAAGAAUGGUUGACAACAUCCCCUAAAACAAGGCCACAGAAUGGGUCGAUGAUCCUCUACAAUAGGAAGAAGGUGAAGUACAGAAAGGAUGGCUACUGCUGGAAAAAAAGGAAAGAUGGGAAGACCACGCGGGAGGAUCACAUGAAGCUCAAAGUACAAGGAGUGGAGUGUCUGUACGGCUGUUACGUCCACUCCUCCAUCAUCCCCACCUUCCACCGCAGGUGCUACUGGCUUUUACAGAACCCAGACAUUGUCCUGGUCCACUACCUGAAUGUGCCAGCUAUCGAGGAUUGUGGGAAGCCAUGUGGGCCCAUCCUGUGCUCCAUCAAUACAGACAAGAAAGAAUGGGCCAAAUGGACGAAGGAGGAACUCAUUGGCCAGCUGAAACCCAUGUUUCAUGGCAUCAAGUGGACUUGCAGCAAUGGGAACAGCAGCUCUGGCUUCUCUGUGGAGCAGCUGGUGCAGCAGAUACUGGACAGCCACCAGACCAAGCCUCCUCCCCGGACUCACAACUGCCUCUGCACUGGCACUCUGGGUGCUGGGAGCAGUGUGCAUCAUAAGUGUAACAGCGCCAAACACCGCAUUAUCUCUCCCAAAGUGGACCCUCGUUCAGGUGGUUACAGCAGCACCCACUCUGAGCUCCAGAAUAAUGAUGUGUCUGAGGGCAAGACAGAACACAGCCACAGCAGCAAAAACAGCGGAGGAACAGGAGGAGGAAGCGUACGUGAAAAACGCAAUGGAAAGGUCCAUAAACCUGUGCUGCUGCACCAGAACAGCACUGAGGUCUCCUCUACCAAUCAGGUGGAAGUGCCUGACACAACCCAGAAUUCCCCUGUGUCCAUCAGCAGCGGGCUGAAUUCUGACCCCGACAUGGUUGACAGCCCAGCGGUCACAGGUAUGGGCCAUGUUGCCUCUGUUAUGAGCAGCCUAUCCCAGAGUGUCUUCAUGUCUGAGGUGACUGGGGAUCCCGUCUACAGCAUGUCCCCUACUGGAGGCCACAAUACCCAUAUUAUGGGCCCCGACGCCACCUCUCACAGUCUGGUUUUAGGAGUCACCUCUGACAGCCACAAGUUUGCUUUUCCAGGAAGCGGCAAUGCAGAUACAGGUGGUCCCGGAGCAGAUGGGCUGUCCAUGCUCUCUGCCUCCGGUGUCUCUGACGAGCUUGUCCUCUCCAACAGCCUAGACUCCAGCAGCAUCAAAAUCCCAGAAGCCACCAUGAACUUUGACCCCGACUGCUUCCUGAACAACCCGAAGCAGGGCCAGACAUAUGGGGGAAGUGGAUUAAAGCAGGAGAGUGGCACAUCCAGUGCCUCAUCCUCCUCAACAGUUAGCACCAAUGGUUUGCAACGCUCGCCAACUAUAUCCGAUUCAAACUACGGCUUCAGUUCUGCACUGGUAAAGAACAUCAAGACCGAGGACACCUCCUUCGAGCAACAGCUUGCCAAAGAAGGGAGAUACCAAGUGGGGCCAGUUGUAAGCUGUAGCGUUUCCAGCGGCUCAGGCUCUCAGAACUCACUCACCUUGACCCCUGCUUCCUCUCUGCUUCCCUCUGGAGGGGGCCUGAGUCCAAGCACCACCUUGGAGCAGAUGGAUUUCAGCGCCAUCGAUGCGAAGCAAGACUACUCCGCCGGUGCUACAGCAGUAAGUUAUAGCCAUGCAUUGAACAACCUAGCUCACCAAAACCGAUCUCCAAGCUUUUUUCUUCAAGAAGCACCACAGACAGCCCAGAACCAGCAAGGCCGGCAGAGCUCCAGCCAGAAGGGCCACCUUCUGGAACAUAAUACCGCUGACGGAGCCUACAUGGGUCUGCAGGUUGUAAAGACAGAAUCGCCUGGCAGUAAUGGUCAUCUCCACCACCAUCACACCCACCAGGGCCAACACAGACCCAACUGCAAUGGAGGCUCACCCACCGAGGGACAAGGACAGACUGGCUCACUGCAACUCCUUCAAUACCAAGGAGGUUUCCCAGGCCUUGGUCCAGAGCAUGAGGAAGUGGUCGGCAUGGAUCAAAACCGCAAUGUUGGGUCCGGCCAGUCUGGGGCCACUGAAAAUGGGACAGAUGGUUUACUAAAGUCUGGGGAUCAUCUACAAGCCUGCAGAGGAGGAAGCAGAGAGAGCGGAGGAGCAGAUCACUUCAUGCAGCAGAGCUCUGAGAACAGAGUCGGAGCUGAAGCCGUGGCUUUGAGGAAUGGAAACACCACGAGUGGGCCCAACAGCGGCUCGCAACAGCAACUCCAGCCACUGCUUCAGGGAGCUAAUUUGGUUCAGGGGCUCUACAACACUCACCACGGGCUUAGUGGAGCUGGAGCCAAUGGCGGAGGAGGCACGGGCAUGGAAAUCAGCUUGGAUCAUUUUGACAUCUCUUUUGGAAACCAGUUUUCUGACCUCAUCAACGAUUUCAUCUCAGUGGACAGCGGAGCCACAGCGGUAGGGGCUGCAGGGACAUUAUACACCCACCAGUUGGUGGCCCCACCUGGGUCGGAAGGAGCGGCUACCUCAGGUGGGAACCAACAGCAAGGUCAUGAGGAUGCAGCCAACAGGGUGGCAGGAUAUAGCCCCUCAGAGCUUUGCCUCCAGUCGUGCUGCAGCCCCCAGUCUUUAGGUGGAGGUGCUGGUGCUGGCGGAGGGUCAGGAGAGACUGGCUCACUGGCCUACAUGCAUGUCGCUGAAGUAGUGUCAGCAGCAGUGGCCCAGGGCACUCUGGGAAUGUUGCAGGCCACUGGGCGACUUUUCAUGGUCACAGACUACUCUCCAGAGUGGUCCUACCCAGAGGGUGGUGUGAAGGUUUUAAUCACUGGGCCAUGGCAAGAAGACAGCAGCAGCUACACUUGCCUGUUUGAUCAGAUCUCUGUCCCUGCCUCCCUGAUCCAGCCCGGAGUUUUACGUUGCUACUGUCCCGCCCAUGACACAGGCUUGGUGACUCUGCAGGUGGCUGUCAGUAAUCAAAUCAUCUCUAACUCGGUUGUGUUUGAGUAUAAAGCCCGUGCACUGCCCUCCCUACCUUCAUCCCAGCAUGACUGGCUGUCACUUGACGAUAACCAGUUCAGAAUGUCCAUCCUGGAGCGGUUGGAACAGAUGGAGCGCAGGAUGGCUGAGAUGGCCGGUCAGCAGCAGCAGGGCAGCGGAGGAACAGCAGGGACUGGAGGGGGAGGAGGAGGAAACGGAGGCUCUAAUAGCCAGUCUCAGUGUAUCUCGGGACAAGCAGGAAGCUCUUUUGAGAGUCGUGUGGUUGUUGUUUGUGAGAAGAUGAUGAACAGAGCCUGCUGGGCCAAAUCUAAACAUCUGAUUCAUUCCAAGACCUUCCGGGGCAUGACCUUGCUACACCUUGCUGCAGGCCAAGGCUACGCCACCCUCAUCCAGACUCUCAUCAAAUGGCGCACGAAGCAUGCAGACAGCAUUGAUCUGGAACUUGAGGUGGACCCUCUCAACGUGGAUCACUUCUCUUGUACUCCACUGAUGUGGGCUUGUGCAUUGGGUCACCUAGAGGCAGCUGUGGUCUUGUACAAGUGGGACCGGAGAGCACUGGCCAUCCCAGACUCUCUAGGGCGCCUGCCCCUCUCCAUCGCCCGCUCCCGUGGCCACACCAAGCUGGCAGAGUGUCUGGAGCAGCUCCAGAGGGAGGAACAGCAGCAGCAGCAGACCCCAUCCUCUUUACCUCCCACCUCUAGCAUGUCUUUCUCUCCCAACCCCGACAUCCCCACCUCCAACAGCUGGAUGGUCAGCUGGAGCAGUGACAAUAUGGUGGCCCCCAGCGGGCAGAACACUGGUACAGCCACCACUGCUACAACCCCUUGCACCAACCAGAACCCUGAUUUGAGAAGACCGAGAUCAGAGCCCUCCAGCUAUUACAGCAACGAGUGCCAGCGGGACAUCCCCCUCGCCAAAAAACACAAGCCCAACCCCGAGCUCAUGCAAGCACAGCUGGAUAAGCCCAUGUCGGUUCCCUUGAACAUGGAGCAGCAGGCACAUAAACUGUCAACCAGCCCUAAGACCCAUCCUUCCACCCCAUCCAGCCCAGAUAAGAGCACCUCAGAGGAGGGUUUGGGGACAGUGGGUAUCCCGCAAGCCAAGAUGGCCUCUUACCGCGGAGGGCAUAAAUGGGGCACUAGAGAAGUGCCCAGGAAGGGGGGCAUCAGUGGGGUAGGGAAGGAGAAGUUGGCCAGCCGGUUGCGACAGCGUGGCGAAUCCCUCAACAUGCUGGGAAUGGUGGAGAGAGAGAUGGUAGACACUGAGAUACUUUCUUACAAGGAGGAUCUAGAGAACCAGGACUGCCUCUCGCACAUGGAAGACCUACAGGCGAAUAUGAUGAGCCUGGCAGAGCACAUCAUUGAGGCCACUCCGGAGCGUAUCAAGCGGGAACAUUUACCAACCGUGGAGUCUGUUCCUCUGGACAACAGUGGGCUCACCAACACCAUGAGCUGGCUAGCCAGUUACCUGGGAGACGUGGAACACUUGCCCAGCAUCAUCCACUUGAGUCCCAUAUACAGUGAACCCCUGACCCCUCCCUCCAACCCUAUCCUGAGCCCUGGUAACUCACCCAUGUGUGAGGGUCAGUUUGAGAGGCCGACCUUGCCUGCUCCGUCCGAGUGGAGUGAGUUUCUCAGAGCCUCCAACAGCAAAGUGGAAAGAGAGCUAGCCCAGCUCACGCUGUCCGACCCCGAGCAGAGGGAGCUCUACGAAGCCGCACGGCUGGUGCAGACCGCUUUCCGCAAGUACAAGGGACGCCCACUGCGCGAGCAACAGGAAGUUGCCACCGCUGUCAUUCAGCGCUGUUACAGGAAGUACAAGCAGCUAACAUGGAUAGCCUUGAAGUAUGCACUUUAUAAGAAGAUGACGCAGGCCGCCAUCCUUAUCCAGAGUAAGUUCCGCAGCUACCACGAGCAGAAGAAGUUCCAGCAGAGCCGGCGGGCGGCCGUGCUGAUCCAGCAGUGCUACCGCAGCUACAGAGAGUUCGGCCGGCUGAGGCCUCACCGCAGAGCGGCCACCGCCGCACUGGUCCAGCACAAACUCAGAAGCAGUCUUCUAACUAAGAGGCAGGAUCAGGCCGCCCGCAAGAUCAUGAGGUUCCUCCGCCACUGCCGCCACAGCCCCUUGAUGGACCAUAGACUAUUCAAGCGGGUGAGUGCAGCCUCAGCGAUUCAGUAUGUCUCCCUUUUUUUCUAUCUCUCUCCCUCUCGCUUGUCACACGCACACAAAGACCCCCUUCCCAUCCCCUCUUGCUCCUUCUUGCCCUCCUUCAUCACCACUGCUUGAUGCCUGCAUGCAUGACAGCUACCAACUGGACGAACAGAUGACUGAGAUCAAGGGCCUCAGCAAAUGAUCGGCCUCAGGAUAUCGGUUGUGUCGUGCUAUGCACUAACCACUGAGACGCUACAUUAAACAAGCACCUUUUUCUCCUGUCUUGAUUAUU